AUGCUCUACACCACACCCAACUUCGCCAUCCUCGCGGCUCUCGCUCUCCUCAGCAGCACAUUUGUCUCCGCCGCGCCCGUCAAGGCCCUCGACAACCACCAUUUCGAUAUCCCUGGCCUCCCUGGUACCCCCAGCGGUCUCCCAACCCCAAUCCCGACCAGCCUUCCAAUCCCAAUACCCAGCACCGUUCCCACCGCCAUCCCUGGCUUCCCCAGUAACACAUUCCUCCCCUCCGUCCCCACCAAGGUCCUCAACAAUCGCCAUUUCGACAUCUCUGGUAUCCACGGUGGUCAUCCAGGUAUCUCAUCAGUUCUGCCCACGCCGCCUUUCCCCACCAUCACCAGCUUUCCGGGUGCGGUGCCGACAUUAGUCCCAGCACCAAGUGGCGAGCAUGUCCUCGGCGUCGCUGCGCCGUCGGGCGGUCACAGCGGUGUUCAUUCUCUUGGGGGCCACACGGGACUGACUUGGAGCUGGGCUUCUCUGCCGACGCCGACGUCAAGGGUGUAG